AUGUACUUCCAUCUUGAAUCUUUUUGUUGGCAGAAGCAAGCAAGUUUCUCUGUUGAUGAUGAAGUUAAAGACCCUGUCUUUAAUGAUGAGAAUAAUUCCAUUCGUCAUCCAAGAAUCUCUGCUUGCUACUCGAACGAAGGAACAUCAUACUUACCUACAGUGGCAUUGAUAUCUAACUCCGAUGAAGAAAUGUCAUUCAUUUUGCUCAGUCUUAUAGUUAUUUCAGAUAAACAAAUAUGCUUAUGCUGUAUGGAGCAGUUGAAUGAGGUGUUGCCAGAGGGGUUGCCUAUGGGGAUGGUGAAGAAAUUUGAGGAGUCUAGCAAGAGUUCAUUGUUUAUACGUCAGAGUUUUCUUGAUGUCCAUGACAAUUUCAGGCGGGCUGUGGAUCCUUCAUGGUUGCGUGGAGUGCGUGUCUUGCUGGCUAAUGAAAUGGGGGUUGGAAAGACACUUCAGGGGCGGUGGUUUCAUAUCUCUAGAAAAUUUGUUAUUCUUCCCCAGACAUUUCCCGGUCUUUUGUUCUCUGUAUCAUAUGUUUCUGUAUGUCAAGAAGAAUAA